GCACUUUUGAAGAAUGUAUACACAUGCAUAUAUACACAUUUAUUUAUUUAUUUAUUUAUUACUUAGGAUGCUUUCCGUUUCACGCAUGAUGUAUCAUUUUAUUUUUCUCUAAUAUUUGUUGAACAAUAACGAUACAUUAUGCGCAUCAUGCAUGAAAUGAAACGCACCUUUAAUCAUACACUAUAGAAUUUUUUUACGUGAAAUUACAGGAACUGCUUCAUGUAACUGCUCCUCUCAUAAAUGAUUAUGAAUUUGCAAAUGUUAAUGUAGAAAAAAAAUAAUGUUUACGAUUUGGGUAUUGGCUAAAUCAGAGAGUUUUUUAGCUGUUGAUGAUAGGUUUAAUUUGGCAAAAAGUACAGGACACGCAAUAUUUAAAAAUGUUAUAAAUGCUUGGGCACAAUUGAUCUUAGUACGUGCAGUGGCCAAAUGCAAUACAACAGCAAGUAUCUUAUAAUAUAUUUCAAAACCGAUCGCAUAGAUUUCCAGGAGUAAUAGAUGCUAUAGAUGGAUGUCAUAUCCCUUGUAAACCCCCCAGGAAAUGCACAUGAUUAUUACAAUAGAAAGGAAUUCCAUUCUAUUAUAUUGCAAGCAGUUUGUGAUCACAAAGGAGUAUUCAUUGAUUGUCAUAUUGGUAUGCCAGGACGUAUGCAUGACGCAAGAGUCUUCAGAAAUAGCUCAUUAUACAAUCGAAUAAGAAAUGCAGAAAUGCCUCUAAUUCCAAAUGAUAUGCAUUUAAUAGGAGAUUCUGCAUAUCCUCUGAUGCAGAAUGUGAUGGUUCCAUUCAGAGAUAAUGGGCAUUUACUACCUUCUCAAAUAACAUAUAAUGUUAAAUUAAGUUCAAUAAGAUCCAUUAUUGAAAUGACUUAUGACCGAUUAAAAAUUAAGUUUAGAAGGUUAAAAUAUUUGGAUAUUGCGGAUUUUUAUUUAGGAAAUCAAAUGAUUGCUGCAGCUUGUGUGCUCCAUAAUUUCAUAAUCAUUGACGACAGAUUGAACAUAGCGGAUGAAGAUUAUAUAUAUGAUGAUGAUAUGGAUUUACAAGAAAAUAAUGUAAUGCAUGAAUAUAAUGAACAGGAAGCUGUACAAAAGC